CAACUUUCCCUCACACUCUCAAAAACCCCAACACUUUUCUACUAAAGAUCAACAACAAAAAAAACCCCACAAAGCCACUUCUUUCUUUCUUGCUCCUCCACACUUCUUUUACAACACCCCCUUUAUCUCACUCACUCACCUCAUUUUUUUGAGCUAGGGUUUUCUUUACUUUUGCUUCAUAGUUCAUACCCCACAAUGCAAUAGUUAACCCCCUCAACAUUUUCUUGGAUUUUUACUCAACAAUGGCUGUAAAGUUUUCAACUUUGAUUCUCAUUUUUGUGUUUCUUUCUGCUGCUUUCUGUUCUGUUUCUGCUACACCUUCACCUGCAAAGAUUGUAAAUGGGUUUGUUACAAAUGCUGUUACGAAGCUGAUGAAAUGGGUUUGGUCACUCAAAGCUAGUACUAAAACAGUGAUUUCUGGGCGUCCAAUGAUGAAAUUUGAGAGUGGGUAUAGUGUGGAGACUGUGUUUGAUGGAAGCAAACUUGGGAUUGAGCCUUAUUCUGUGGAGAUUAUGUCUAGUGGGGAGCUUCUCAUUUUGGAUUCUGCUAAUAGUAACCUUUACAAGAUCUCUUCCUCUUUGUCUCAGUACACCAGACCUAGGUUGGUGGCUGGAUCAGCUGAUGGAUACUCUGGACAUGUUGACGGAAAAUUGCGUGAGGCAAGAAUGAACCAUCCGAAAGGUCUAACUGUUGAUGACAGAGGGAACAUCUAUGUGGCAGAUACUGAUAACAUGGUAAUUAGGAAGAUAAGUGAUGCAGGAACAAUCACAACAAUUGCUGGUGGUAAAUGGAGCCGUGGAGGUGGGCAUGUUGAUGGACCAAGUGAAGAUGCAAAAUUCUCUAAUGAUUUUGAUGUGGUCUUUAUGGGAAGCAGUUGUUCCCUGCUUGUCAUAGACAGGGGAAAUAAAGCAAUACGGGAGAUCCAACUUCAUUUCGAAGACUGUGCUUAUCAGUAUGAUAGUGGUUUCCCUCUAGGUAUUGCUGUGCUUUUGGCUGCUGGUUUCUUUGGUUACAUGCUAGCAUUGCUACAACGAAGGGUUGGUACCAUGGUAUCCCCCGAAGAAGAUCAGAACGCAUACAUUUUCACUGAUCAUUAUGAGAAGCCAGUGAAAUCAUCAGUAAGGCCUCCUCUAAUUCCAACUGAAGGUGAGGUGGAGAAGCAAGAAGAAAGCAUGUUUGGGUCUCUAGGAAAUCUAAUCACGCGUACUGGAGCAUCAGUAUCGGAAAUUUUAGGAGGUGUAUUUCCAAUGUUCAAAAGGUUGCCUUUGAACCAUCACUAUCAACAGCAACAGCAGUAUCAGCAACAACAAUAUCAGCAACAGCAGUAUCAGCAGCACACAUGGCCGGUACAGGACAGCGUUGUAGUACCAAAAGAAGAUGAACCCCCAUCCAUUGAAUCCAGAACUCAUACUCCACGAAAGACCUAUGCAUUCAUGUCCAAAGAUUCUGAAAAGAUGCAACAGCUGAAACAAAGCCGUGCUUUUUAUGGUGGUGGAUGGAAUUCUGACUUUCAACAACACCAACAGCAGACUCAGAAGCAUCUACAACAUCAUCAAUAUCAUUCAUCUGGACCUCAAACAUUCUACGAGCAAAGCUCAGAUAAUACAAAGGAAGUAGUUUUCGGAGCAAUUCAAGAACAAGGGCAACGCGAGGCAAUGAUAAUAAAGCCUUUAGACCAUGCAAAUUCUGUCUAUGAUCGACAUAAUGCUCGUUCUCGGUUCAACUCUGCUGGAUAUGCCUAAGGCUAUUAAUCUAUUCACAUACAGAAACUUCGAAGGUUCUUUAAAUUGCUUGGUGAUGGCUUAGACAUGAGAAAUAUAUCAUGCAUUAACAGCCAUCAAAGUACAAAUUUUGGAGAGUGGAAGCCCAUGUUAGAAUAGCUUAUAAUGUUUAUCCAGUUGCCAAAAAUGUUGUAGUGAAUGCUGUGAAAGUAUUACUAGUACAAAAAAUUUAUUCUAUAUAU